AUGGGUAACAACCUGUCUGGUGCCACGACCAGAGUGGGUGGUGCCCUGGACAGCUAUGUCUCGGAACUGGGGGCGGAUAUUGUUUAUGAGAAGAGUCUAGGCCAGUCACGAUUCCUCAAAACCGUUAGGGGUCGUCACCGGAAUGGGCCGCUUGUCAUUAAGAUUUUCAUAAAACAGGAUCCCACUCUCAGCCUAAGGUCAUAUCAGAAGCGCCUAAAACUUGAGCGGGAGACCUUGGCCGAUAUCCCCAACGUGCAUUCCGUCCAGUCUUUUCUAGACACGGAGAGAGCAGGGUACAUUUUCCGACAGUGGUUGGCGAAUAACCUAUAUGACCGGAUUAGUACACGACCGUUUCUCAGUCUCAUAGAAAAGAAAUGGGUCGCCUUUCAGCUAAUGACCGCCAUGAAGGACGUUCGAUCCCGAAAGAUAGCGCACGGAGACAUCAAAUCUGAGAACAUACUUGUUACAUCGUGGAAUUGGGUCUAUAUAACAGAUUUCGCAUCCUACAAACCGGUCUAUCUUCCUGAAGAUGAUCCUGCUGACUACUCGUUCUACUUUGACACCUCCGGCCGACGAACAUGCUACGUCGCUCCAGAACGAUUUUAUGCAUCUUCUGAGGAUGUCAAGCAACCCGAAGGGACCGUCACAGAAGCAAUGGAUGUUUUCAGCUUGGGCUGCGUGCUAGCUGAACUAUUCCUUGAUGGCAGGGAAACGUUCACUCUGUCCCAACUCUUUCGUUACCGCUCUGGGGAGCUAAACAUGCAAUCCCACCUUUCGAGCAUCGAAGAUGAAAACAUCAGGUUAUUAAUAUCCCAGAUGAUUAACAUCGAUCCAUCCGAGCGCCCUUCGUUUGCUGGCCUCCUUGAACGAGCACGUUCCAACUCAGCCUUUCCGCCCGCAUUCUAUACUUUCCUUCAUUCCUACAUCCUCUCUGUGAACGAAAUGGCUUCUCCAUCCCUCGACUCCGAUCAUCGGAUUGAGCGAUUGUGGACUGAAUUUGACACUAUAGAACCGAUACUGGCACAACAGGAUCCUGAUGCUUUGGGCCAGGAUGUCAAUGGCGUUGCGCUCGUCAUCUUGUCGCUCGUUGUCGCGAACAUCAGAAAUUGUUCAAUAUCAAGCUCGAAAGUCAAAGCCCUUGAUCUCCUUCUUGCAUUGACGCCAUAUCUUACUGAUGAGAGCAAAUUGGAUCGCCUGGCACCCUAUGUAGUGGAUCUUGUGAGAGACGAUGCUGCCAUAGUCCGAGCCUCUGCUAUACGCACGCUUACACAAAUCACAAUGACUGUCUCAGUAAUCACGGCAGCAAAUGGGUCUUUUUUCCCAGACUACGUACUCCCUAACAUACGAUACAUGGGCCGCGACCCUGAGAUUCUAGUUCGUGCCGCCUAUGCACAGUGCUUGGUUGCCUUGGCAGAAACCAGUUUGCACUUCCUCGAGAUAAGUCAGGCCAUUAAAGCCCAUGGCGCGGCUACCUCAGCGCGUUUGAAGUCAGGGAGUACGGGGGAUGUCCAAGAAUGGGAUACUGCUUUUGAAGAGGACUCAUACGAUACACGUUUGGCCGACCUUCAAGCUGAGAUAGAGGAGCAGGUGACGACUCUUCUGGUUGAUCCAUCUAGUUUUGUCAAGCGAGCAACGUUGCACAACAACACUGCGGCUCUCUGUGUUUUCCUUGGUCGACAAAAAACUAACGAUGUAUUAUUGAGCCACAUGAUAACGUACCUAAAUGACCGUGAUUGGAUGCUGAGGUAUGAAUUCUUCGAUAGCAUUGUUGGUGUGGCGGCAUGUGUUGGGAGGCGCAGUUUGGAGGAGUACAUCCUGCCGCUGAUGAUCCAAGCCUUAUCAGAUGUGGAAGAGACUGUUGUCGCCAAGGUGCUGUCGUCGCUUACUAGCCUCGCAGAACUGGGUUUAUUUCAAAAACUCCGUAUAUGGGAGCUGAUGAGCGCAGCGACCGGAUUCUUAUAUCAUCCUAACAUUUGGAUUCGGCAAGGUGCCGUUGCGUUCAUCACCUCUGCCGCUAAACAUUUGCCUGUAACAGACGUUUGGUGUAUUCUUUAUCCCUCGCUGAGGCCGCUACUGCGAUCAGACAUCAAAUCGAUCAAUGACCAGUCGUUGUUAUCGAGACUGAAACCAAAUCUUUCAAGAACGAUCUUUGACGCGGCAGUGACAUGGGCGAUGAAAAGUGAUGAUAGCUUGUUUUGGAACCCCCAGAUAGCAAGAAAGCCUACGAAAUUCGACAUGACGAGUGCCAGCGCAAGUCUCACCCACAAGCCGAAGUCUUCUCGAUCUGGUGAACCAAAAACGAAAGAGGACGAAAUGCAGAUUGAACGUUUGGACCAAAUGGGCAUGCCGCCUGGGGAUGAAACGAAAAUAGCAAUUCUGCGGGACUACAUUUUAAAGUUGUCUCAGAGUAUUCAGAGGCAAGUCCAGCAUAAUCUGUUUCUACUGACGCUAUCUCAACAAUUUCGCAGUUCUAAUAGCCGCCCACCGCUCGAAAUCCCAGGAGUGGAACUUGCCCGCCAAUCACCUGUCGGACUCCAGAGUCUGGGCAUUGUCCCACAAACGGUGUUCCUCAACAACCGUGACAUCCCACCGCCUCGACGCACUGACAGCACAAGGAAACUUGGUGCUUUAAGUGAUAAACGUGUGGCUCAGCUUCAAGGGGUGCGAAGUUCCAGGGCCGCGAGUUUCGAUAGCGGUGUGGCGUACGGGGACCUCCGAAGGAAACUGGCGCAGGCAGACAGCUCAGUGAUAUCGUUGAGUACACCUCUUUCGGGUGAUGGACGCAACGCAACAAAUAUGGCUUUAUCUCCACGAAUGUCAGAUGUGGAUUCCUCCGGCAUUGGCGGUUCUCCUGGUCCUAUACCUUCUCCACAUCCACCAUCGUCCGUAGCGGACACGGACAUGUCAAGGGAUAUCCCCAUGUUCACUACCCGUCCAUCUAGCCCUUCAGGGGAGUCGCAUGCUUCGAGUAGGGCGCCAAACAUCCACUCAGUUCUUCGGACUUCGAAGCGAGGUAUCGAAGUCGGGGAUGGGAAAAAGGCGGCUCCCGCCGUUGGCACCGUAAACACAUUAGCUACCGCUUCAGGGGUUAUCGAAGCGGCCACGAAAUUGAGAUCGGACAUGGACCAUGAUGAGCCUUCUGGCCGAUCUACGCCAAUGUCGGUCACGGGGGCGUUUAGGAAGGAGAAACGGGUACAUGUUCCCUUCCCUCCACCAGCGGCUAGCACUUAUGAGGGUCACGAGCCGGCCAUCACAAACAUGCUCGAGCAUGUCUAUCAAGAUAACUUUCGCGAAGGCGCUAACGACUUUGGACCCAAAGUUGCUUCGGGACCCAUACGUAGGCGUCAGCCCAUUCGUUCCUCCUAUCAAAGUAGGGAUGGCACUGGGGCGCACCGAAAACCUGAUGUCACUCUUAUUGCGAAUCUCUCUGCCCACAAUAAUGCUGUAAAUGGGAUUGCUGUUUCCCCAGAUCACCUAUUCUUCGUUUCAUGCUCUGACGACCGCACCGUGAAGAUAUGGGAUACGUCCCGGCUUGAGCGUAACGUCACAAGCAAGCCGCGACAUACCUAUACUCAAUACCAUGCACGAAUGACCUGCGUUUGCAUGGUGGAAGCGUCGCACUGUUUUGUGAGUGCUGCGGACGACGGAAGCAUACAUGUUGUUCGAGUGCAUGUGUCAAGUUCUGGUUCUUUGCCGAGAUAUGGAAAGCUUCAGAUUGUUCGUGAGCACCGCUUGGAGCAAUCUGGAGAGUUUGUUACCGCAAUGCAGCAUUUUAACACUGAAACAACAUCCACCCUGAUCUAUACCACAUCGUAUUCAUCAAUUGUGAGCCUUGACCUACGAUCAAUGCGCAUCCUACAGCGAAUGUCCAACCCAAUCCAAUUUGGCAUGAUUACCGCAUUUUGUAUAGACGAAGGCCGAACGUGGCUCGUGACUGGCACCCAAAGUGGCACACUGACUUUGUGGGACCUCCGUUUCGGCUUGCGGAUGAGAAGCUGGAAGGUCGGGACAAGUCUCGCCUCUGGUGAUACCGCAAUACAUUGUCUUGUCGUCCAUCCGACCUCACCCAGGCGAACCCUUGUUGUCGUUGCCAUUUCAGCUAAAUCAAGAGCAAACAGCGACGAUGACGAUGUCAUUAUCAUUGAGGUUUGGGACAUCUCUCAGAUGACGCUGGUGGAAACGUUCGUUACCUCAGAGGGCAGUCUGACACCCUCCGACGAGAUGGAGCGCACCAGUCCCACCCCUCUGAUGCAGAACCCGGCACAAACAGAUCUCAAGUCACCCGCAGAUGCCAUCGCGGCAUUCAUACGCGCUCAUCAGAAACUGCUGGAUGCUAAAAGUGGUGAUAAUAGUUCCAUUGCCCACCCUGACCAUACCGAUCCAUCUCCCAUUCCUUCCUCGUCUUCUCCCUCGAGACAUAGUGUCUCCUCCAAACCAUCUGAUUCAGACAUCCGUACCAUUCGAAGUUCAAGCGUAUCAGAAACUGAUGAAGACGACGAUGGGGACGACGUAUUUAUGCACCCAGACGGGGAGGAUAACACUACUACAUCUAAGGGCAAGAAACGGCGUCGGAUCGCCCGGGACGCGCGAGCGCUUAUCGCCGGUGUCAAUUUCGGAACGCCAGGACAACAUAGUCUAAUGAGACACUUCUCCGGUGAAGGUUAUGGUGGCGACAUGAAUCUAUCGCUGAAGAUCCCUGGGGGGGAAGAUCGACGCGGGUUCAUCAUUACUGGCUCGGCCGAUCGGAGGAUCACCUAUUGGGAUUUGAAAGGGGGAACUGAUCGGUCGUUCGUGAUCAGUGGGUUAGAAUCCGGUGCUGAAUCCCCAGUAUUCAGUGUUGGGCGUAAUCCCCUGGAUGGUUCCUUGACACACAUGGAAACACGUCUCCCAGAACCUGUCAACUCCCAACCAUCUCAACGCACGGCUCUUAUUUCUAGUAAUCAGCAACACUUGUUGCGUGGCCAUCAGGACUGUAUCACUGCCCUCGCAUGUUUGGGUUCGCCAUUCCGCGGCAGUCUCAUUAGUGGCGAUCGCUCAGGUGUUAUCAAGGUAUUUCGAAUUGACAUGGACUAG